AUGCCACCCGACAAGUUGAGGCGGUCCUACAACCGUGUCGAUGCAACCGCUUUAGUGUCUGGGGCAGCAAAUAUGAACUGGCAAAGUCAGUCCACCGACUUGAAUCAAACAUGGGGACAAAUCAGAGGAAACUUGCUAACCCUAACUGAGGAAUUCGUCACACUGAGGCGACUGCUUCGAAGAGGCAGAGGAUCGCUGCCCUUUCCGACCGCAAGUGGGCUGGAGGAGUGUGCGCAGUCGACCGCAUCAGCCGAGGCGCCGCCGACUAAAAUCGUCGAUGACAAGAAACGACUGGAACGCAGGCGUGCAAACAACAACGUGCGACCAACCUCCAGUGAGAGCCACGCAGCGACAGAAAUCGAGGCUGGAUCCCCUGUGCCGAUUCAGACAUUGCCGGAGCCACCAGUUUCGUUGUCCAACGGCAACACCAGAUCGUACGCCCGAGUUGCUGCUGCCACGCAUGCACCCAACAGUGCUGUGACCAGCGUCAUCGAACGCCGUUUGACCCAGCGGGCAUCCCGAUGGCCCCCCCAACCCCAGGUCCGGCUCAACUACACCACUGGACACAGACGUAACGAUGAGGGCCCAGAGCCCACGCUAGUAGGAGGGAUGACAAUGGUCACAGAUAAUCGUAAGGACAGGCCGGACGAUGUUGUGCCUACUCAGCUGGAGACUGGUAAGGAAAUGUGGGCUACGGUGGCUCGAAGGGCCAGUGUUGACGUCAUUCCCUCUACGGUGUUUCAGCGACUGAGGACCAAGAGUAUGCCAGCGACAAAAAACGAAGAGGGCACUAGACUCCAGUGA